ACUGUAAUGAUAAUAACAAUGAUAGGUAGUAUUUAAGCCGUUGUGAAUAAGUUGGCCAUUUUUUAAUGACAGCUGAAAGCCCUGUUUUGCAAGGAGGAGCUCUAUAACAUAUACAUACGCGUCUAUGCUCUAUAAACUCUCUAGAGUACGGCGAGUCAAGCCUGCCCGGAAAUUCAAGAAGGAGAACACACAGACAUGGUCUAGAUAAACGUCUAGAUAAACCUUUUCAACGAGCUUCUGUCUACAAUGGACGAUCGUGUGUUAGACUUGACAGAGGCACAGAAAACUGUCAAAUCAAAAUACCCGCCGAUCAACAAGAAAUAUGAAUACCUGGAUCACACAGCAGAUGUACAAAUUCACUCUUGGGGAGGCUCUUUGGAGGAAGCCUUUGAGCAGUGUGCCAUGGGCAUGUUCGGCUACAUGACGGACACAGAGACGGUGGAACCGACAGAUACAGUUGAAGUGGAAUCGGAGGGUGAAGACAUGGAGUCGCUUCUCUUCCACUUCCUAGAUGACUGGUUAUACAAGUUUAGUGCAGAUCUUUUCUUUAUUCCUAGGGAGAUCAAAGUUUUACAUAUUGACAGAAUGCGUUUCAAGAUUCGCUCCAUUGGGUGGGGUGAAGAAUUUUCUCUGGAAAAGCACCCACAGGGAACUGAGGUGAAAGCCAUCACAUAUUCAGCAAUGCAAAUCCAUGAUAAAGAAAAACCAGAAAUAUUUGCCAUCAUUGAUAUUUGAUAUGACUUUGAGAAGAAGCUCACACUCACUGGUUCAGUAAAAGUGGGAAGUUUAAGUGGCCUUUUAAUUCAAUGCACUGAUUUUUUGGCUAGUACAGUCUUUUUUGGGGCAUGUAAGAUAAACUCUUUAUUUAAAUUAAAAAAAAGAAUUUUAAAAUUAGCCUUACAUUUAAAUAAGACUUGUGGAGAUAUCAAUUAUUCGGAGGGAAUACACUGAAUUUGAACUGUGUACCUGAAGUCAAAAUUACCAAAUUUAAGCUAAAAUUUUCAUUUUAGGAGAUUGUUACUCUAAUUUGUGAUCAUUUUGAAGGUGUGUUGAUGCAUUAUAUGUCAUUGUAAAUAAAUAAGCAAAUGUUUACCUUUGACACAGAAUUGAGUCACCUGUUUUUCAACUUAAAAUCUCAGUUUAAGUAUUUUAUGGAGGUGUUGUGAUUCAAUAGGACAGAGGUGCAAAAAGGUCAUCAUUUAUCACCAUAUUUCAGCAAAGAAUACUGAAUUGGAAAAAAUAUGCACAACUUAUUUUGAGAUUUGAAAUGUACACUUUUGAACUGUUUAAACCUGUUCAUACAAAUAUGAGCUGCAUUAAAUGUACAUGAGUGUACAUCAUAACACAAUUACUGAUUUUAAGCUGUUCAUUAUGCAAACUCAACUCCAUUUUUACACAUCUAUUUUAAAAUCACUGGUAUUUGAAAAUGCAUUAGGAGAUUUGUAGUGCUUGCCUUAUCACAUUAAACUUCCUAUUAAGCCACAUCUACUAAUCCUGGCUGGACUUUUUAGCUGAGAGGCUGUCAGAAGAAUGAAAUAGGACCUGACCAGAAUGAUCAAAGCAAAGGCUGCGCAGUGAAACAUCAAAUGUAAGAUGAGUGUAUUCUACAAAACACUUCCCUGCAUUAGACAGCAGGAUAUUCAUGUCUGGGCUUGUGUCUUAUUUCCAGAGAGUAACUGAACAAAGCUUUUCUAAGAAACAUCCAAAGCUUGUUUUCAAUAGAUAUCUCAGACAAAGCGGUAUAACACCAGGAAGCUGCCUGUAUGAAUAACUGAAAGUACAGGCAGCAGUAUUCUAUGUAUAAGAGAAAUGUUUUGGUCAUUGACUAAAUACACAUACCAGGUAAAACAGAAUAUAGUGUUAAAACGGGAUGUUGUAUACUGUAGUGCUUCAGAUAACUGAGAAAGAACAUUAAAUUUGGUUAUGUAUUAUGUGGAAGAAUAAAUGAGAAUAAUUUUUUUUUUAAAAAGAGAAAAAGAAAAACAACAGAGUGAAAGGGACAUUAAAAAAGUAAAUUGUGUAAAAUCAUUCCUAUGACAGAUAAAUUUACAAAUAUUCAAGUUCAUCAACUCAAGUAAGUGAAUGAGUAAAUAAACAGAUAUUUUUAUUUAUUUCGUUUUAUUUUUGAGCAGCUUUGACUUUUGGGUUUACAGUUUAGUGUCAUACUACAAUUAAUUUAACUUGCAUUAAAGACUUGUUCUUGGAAAUAUCAUGAAAUAGUUUCAGAUAUAUGGUUUGAGGUUUAUAUGCAGAGAUGUUUUCAGGAAGUACAAGCUCAUUCAUUUCAGAAUUGUGGGAUAUUGUUUGAGCAUUGUUUGUAAAUGGAGCUGGCCUUUGAAAAACUGUGUGGUCUGUUUUGAUCAUGUUCCGGAGCGAUGCACUACACAGUUUGUAUGUAUUGAAUUUCAAAACUUUGUUGUGACAUUUUACAAUAAAUUAUAUCAUAAUCCAGACUAUUGUAGAUGUGGGUAAAUGGUGUGUAGUGCUGUUUGCUGUCUGCUUGUGAGAACUGUCUGAACUAAUUUAUUAUUCAAGUUUCUUUAUUUUUAUCUGAAUACUAAUUUUAAAACUCAGAUUAAAGAACCCAAAGAUCA